AUGGCAGAAUAUGACAACAAUUCAGACGAGAAUCAUUGUUCGGAGCUUGGGGGACAUCUUUUAGACAUAAAGUCACAGGGAGAAAAUGCGUUCAUAGACAAACUUGGAGCGUUUGAAGAAAGUAUAUGGAUUGGAGCAACAGUCAUUAAAAAUACACGUAAUUUUAUUUGGGAGGAUGGGAGCAGAGUUGAUGAAUAUUUCGAAAACUGGUUAUCAAGUGAACCAAGUAAUAGAGGUGGCAACGAAAAUUGUAUAGCCGUAGUUGGCAGAACAAACGUCGACAGUGAAAAGUGGAAAAAGUGGAACGAUGUGUCAUGCCUUUAUGCAUUGAGUAGCGUUUGUGAAUUUGACUGA